AUGUUAAAUCGAACUAUGAAAGUUUCCAUUAUUUUACUUGUUCUUGUUGGAUUUCUAUUGAGUUCGAUUGGAUUCCUGCGUUUAUUUUAUAAUCCCAUUGAAUUUACGAGUGAAGAUUUGCAAGAUGAUAUUAUUCCGCAACAUUAUCAACUUGAAUUCAUUGAUCAUGUUGAUCAUUUGAUUUGUCGUUUAAACAUUCUUUUUCAAUUGACACAAAAUCGAAAGCAACUUCGAAUUAGACAACCUAUUGAUCAUACAAUAGAACGUUCUUCUAUUAUUCUUUACGAUAAACAAAGUUCAAUACCAAUAGAAAUUCAAAUUGAAAAUAACCAAAUUAUAAUUAAAAAACAUGCAUGGAAAAGUAUUUUCUAUCAAGGAAAUUAUACAAUUGCAAUCAGCAGUUAUAUCAAUCUACGAAAAGAAAAUUUUAUUCAUCAAACAUGGUCAUCAAAAUAUCGAAUUUUAUUUACUAAAAAUUAUUUAUUUCCUCAUUUUUCACAUUCAUAUUAUCGAUCGACAUUUAAUAUCAAAAUAAAUAGUUCUGAUUAUAUUAUUUCUAAUCUGCCUCUGCAUAAAACGAGUUCACCAUUUGAAAUAUCACAUGUGGCUUUUACUUUACUUCAUCAAUAUGAUUGUCGAUCCAUGAGCAUUCUUCAAUUAUGUUUUCCAGUUAUUAAUGCAUCGUAUGAAAUCGAUUUAUAUUCGCAUUUAUUUAAUUAUACUUUAAAUGCCAUUCAAAUAUUUGAAACAUUUUUCUCACAAAAAUUUUCAUUGAAUAAAUUAACAUUAGUUACUGUUUUAGAAUUGAAUGAUGAGAUUAUAUCCAAGCCUGGUUUAGUAUUUAUCGAUCAAAAUGCUUUACUAGUUAAUACAUCAGCUGAACAAAUAAUUCAGCAGCAUGAAUUAAUUUUUUUAAUAGUAGCCUAUCAAUGGAUGGACGCAACAAUUCAAUUUGAUCAAGAUACAAAAUGGUUUAGUGGAAGUCUAGCGAAAAAUAUUGCUCGUCAUUUGUUUCACAGAAUCAACGAUCCUAUUGAAAAUAAGGAUUCACAUAUUGAACGAUUUAUGUCCACAGUUGUACGUGAUUCACUGUGUAAUAUUAAUUCAGUUGAAGAAGCGAAUGAUGUCAAAUUCGAACAUGUUUUAAUUGCAAAAGGUGAGGCAUAUUUAAAUGAAUAUAGAUUAUAUAUUGGCGAUGAUCAAUUUCAUACACGAAUUCAACAGUUGAUUCAACAGUCACAUGAUAGUUUUAUUAAUCAAUCUGCUUUAUUCUCAAUUUUCUUUCCUGAUGUAUCAUCAUUUUUAACUUUGCCAAAACUAUCCGGCCAUCCAAUAGCUCUCAUGAAUUCAUCAACACUUGAUAUGCAUUUAUUUAAAUUCAAUCAAAAUUGUUCAUUACCAAUAUCAUCAACUCAUCCAAUAAUAGUCUAUCACCUUCUCAAUGAUUCUUUUCUCUCAGUCAUGAAUUCUUCGCAAAUAUUUUCAAAUUCUUCUUCAUUUGUAGUACCAUUUAAUCCAUUUAUACAUAUGUUUUAUUCAUCAUGGAAUCAUCUCGUCGAUGCAAUUAAAAUUCUUCAUCAUCAACCAUUCCAUUCAUUCUCUAAACUUCUAUUGGAUAGUUUUCUAUUCAAUCUUGCUAGUCAAAUACCCAUUAAAUAUUUUUUACAAUUAAUCGAUUUAUUUUUUCAACAACCGAUUAUAAGUAUAACAAAAAAUGAUUUAGUUCUUAUACAUAAAAUUCUUCAAUGGUACCGAUCAAUGUUAUCUAAUUCAGUUGAAGAAAAAUUUUUGGUUUUCCUUCGAAAAAUUCUCAAUCCAUAUUGUUCAAAUCAACUAUGGACACGACAACUAUUAAUCGAUGUAAAAUAUUAUAAUCAACAAAUUAUAAAUGAUAUUCUUUUAGAAUUAUGUUGUUCAAUCAAUCAUUCGAUAUGUUUACAACAUAUACCAAUCAGAAAUGAUCCACAAAUACUUCUACAAUUUAUUUUUAAUAAUCAACGAUUCGAUUUACAACCAGAAAAAUCAAUAGACUAUCAUCUAAAUCAAACUAAUAUGCUAACAAGUUUUAAUCAACUUCGAAUACCAUCGCUAUUUAUAUAUCCUGAUCGAAUUACAAUGAAUAUUGUUUGUCAAACAGUUCGCCAACAAAAUGAUAAAUACUGGUAUGAUCUUAUUCAUUUCCUAGAACAAAAAUUUCAAUAUCAAUCUAUUCCAUCAUCGAUUGUAACUGGUUUAUCUUGUGCUAUUCAAACAAAAGAACAGAUUGAUUUUUAUGUUAACAAUCUAUGUCCACCAUCACCAUUUAAAUGGACAUGCUAUCGAAAUAUUCUUACAUAUUCAUCAAUAAAAGAUUUUGAACAACUCAAAACUAUAGACAAAGAAGAAUGGCCACAAAAUAAUGAUGAACUCAUUGAUUUUUUAUUUCAUACUAAUAUUAAACAAGGAAAUUUUAGUUUACAUCCAAUGAUUCAGGAAUUUCAAUUAUUAGCUUUCACAUGGUUGACUACCAAUCAAUAUGAGCUUUUACAUUGGCUUGACAAUGAAAAUAAUCAAAAUGCAUAUUUAAUUUAA